CGCCUUUGUCGUCUUCUGCUCGGGAGCGGGAGCGCGCCGCGGACACGCGCUCGCCUCGUGUAACGACGGAGGAUCAGUCGCCAUUUCCCGUUUCCCUCUCGAAGGUCGAAGCUCCUACACUUUACAGGUUUACAGUUUACAGGUGGGACCAGUGCUUGACGUGAGGCUCAACCAUGGUGAAGAUAUUCAUUGGGAACUUGGCGCCAGAGACCACGUCAGACGAAGUUCGCUCUCUCUUCUCUCAGUACGGCAAGAUAGCAGAAUGCUCUAUAGUGAAGAACUUUGGCUUUGUCCACAUGGACAGCCAGACGGAGGCGGAGGAGGCCAUCCGAAACCUCCACCACUACGAGCUGAACGGCCAGCCCCUGAACGUAGAGUUAAGCCGGGGCAAGUCCAGAGGAUCCACCAAGCUGCACGUGGGCAACAUCGCAUGCACCAAUCAAGAGCUGAGGGCCAAGUUUGAAGAGUACGGCGCGGUAGUGGAGUGUGACAUUGUUAAAAAUUAUGCUUUUGUUCACAUGGAGCGCAUGGAGGAUGGCCUGGAAGCUAUUAAACAAUUGGACAACACAGCAUUUAAAGGCAAACUGAUGAGCGUGAAGCUUUCUACUAGCCGCCUGCGUACCGCGCCGGGAAUGGGAGACCGAUCGGGUUGUUAUCGUUGUGGGCAAGAAGGCCACUGGUCCAAAGAAUGCCCCCUAGACCGAAACGGCUACCACAGAAACGGCUCAGAGCCAAAGUCUGAUGGAUUUGAGGCUUCGAGAUUCGGUGGGCACGGCCACGCCGCGGGUUAUCCGGACUUCAGCGGCGAGCCAGAUUACGGCGGCGGCUUUGUACCCGGUUUUUCCCGGGGUGCCGGUCACAGCACGAGCAUGGCAGGUUUCAGAGGAGGUACGGGCUAUGAGGGCGCAAUGAGAUACGGCACACAACCAGGUUACGGCAUAAGCGCUGCCGCUGACCCUAACAUGGCUCGGAUGUACGGCAGCGAGGGGGCAUACCGGAACAACGGCUCGCUCUAUGGCGCGGUACCAGCCUUGUCGAUGCGACGGUCGCCUUAUGAGGAAAGGGAUCCGUACGGGGUCGUGGACUACUACGAGAAGUACAGGGCCAAUACUUUCGGAGGCGGUUAUUUCGAGGAGCGCCGGGGUGCCCCCAUGCCACCUCCACCAACCACCUCCUCUGGAGCCAUGAGAGAGCGCCUGCCCCCCUCUAGCGUCGAGUCAUACGAGUGUACCCCCCUCCCUGCUCCACCAGCGCCAGUCUCAUACUACGCACGUGACCGGAGUCCGAUACGGAGAGUCGCCGGCGAGGCCGGCGGAUAUUCAUAUGAGCGCUCGCGCCUGUCACCGGGGACCGCCCUUCCAAGAACCUCUACCUUCGACCAGUUGCGGGAUGCUGGCGCCGAUCGGGCACGGUAUACAUACUGAUCUGGGUCUAGUCCAGGUAGACGACGACGACGGCUGGCUAACGUCAAGCAGGUAGAAUAGCCCAAGUGCCCGCUGAAAUCACAGAAAGAUUCAAACAGUAGUGGAACAGCAAUGAUUAUGGCAACAAUGAGUCCUUUCCAUCACACUAUCCAAAAAAAAGCAUCUCGGUGUGAUGGGAUUCAUAUUAUGAUUCCAUGCUAGUUUAUUCUUAGGUGGAGUUCAAUUAAAUGGUACAAUUAACUACGUCCCAUUUCCUUGUUUACCUGUUGUGCUAUCUGUGCUGUUCUGAGAUGAUUUCGCCUGCAUUUAAUUGCAGGUACCAGGUUGACCCACAACCUGGUUCCAUUCAUAAUAUGGUAAGAGCUGAAUUUUAGCCCUUUUUGAAAGGAGAUAUAUGUUAAUAUGCUUUUGAAAAAAAAUUGGUGCACUGUGCAUGUUUUAAGUAAGUCUGCAUUAAUUAAACUGAGAUUUUUGUUUAGCAAUUUCCACUUGUUAGAUUUGCAUUGUAGUCAAUUUUGUGUUAGUCAAAACUCACAUUGUUACUGAAUAUAUUUAAAGGAACAGCAGAUCAAAUCCUACUGCUUCUUCUGAUACUAGCAAAGAUGGACCUCUGCAGAGGUCAGGAUACUUUUCUGGGUGGGGGCCGGGCAUAUUAAACAGUUUGUGAAGUCGUUUUGAAGAACCCUUUUUGUAUAUAAAUAUAAAGCUACAAUGUGUUUUUUUUUUUUUCAUUUAAACAAUACUUUUUGAUUUCUGUGAUUGUGAGGUUUGAAAUCAUCUUGUAAUGACACGAGUCAUCCUCCGAUGCCGAUUCUGUCUAGUUUCCACAGUCUUUUUGGUUAUAAUUAAAAUCUCUGUAAAAUAUGAAA